CCGGAAGCGUAACACUGAACGCGCCUGCGCAAUGGGUACCAGGUCCGCUCUUUCCCAGUUGGGACGUUAUUGUGCUUUUUGUUCCGGAAUAGGAGGCUCCGGGGCGGAGGCUUUUUGGUCUUUCUUUUCUUCCCAUAGCUUCCCCAACUAUGGACCCUAAAAGCUACUGCUGCUUCUGCGGAGUUACACAGUUACUGCCUCAGCUCUAAGAUGUGCGCUCCUCCACUAAAAACCCUUCGGACGGACGGACAGAGGCAAUUAAAAAGCAGUGGAAUGGAAAGCAAGUGCUGUGGUCAUCCCAUGUUCUGCUCCUUGUCAACAAUGUAUACCUUCCUGUUAGGCACCAUAUUCAUUGCUUUAAGCUCAAGUCGAAUCCUACUGGUAAAAUAUUCAGCCAAUGAAGAAAACAAGUAUGAUUAUCUUCCAACUACUGUGAAUGUGUGCUCAGAAUUGGUGAAGCUAGUUUUCUGCAUGCUUGUGUCAUUCUGGGUUGUAAAGAAAGAAGAUCAUCAAAGUAGAAACUUGAGAUGUGCUUCCUGGAAGGAGUUCUCUAAUUUCAUGAAGUGGUCCAUCCCUGCCUUUCUUUAUUUCCUGGAUAAUUUGAUCGUCUUCUAUGUCAUUUCCUACCUUCAGCCUAUCUGAGAAUUCCUUUACCCAACAACGUAAUUGUUUGCAUCAAUGAGUACAUAGUCGUUGUAUUUUAUUUAGAUCAGCUCUAAAUUUAUAUCCCUUUCCUCUGUCCUCAAUAUGAAAGCAAGAUUGCAGCUUCCUUGGUCUUCCAGCUUAUUGCUUUGCUCUUCCUUCCUGAUUGUGCACAACCACAGAUAUUACAAAAUCAGUCACAUGGCAUAUUCUGUAUAUUGCUGUGCCCAAGUCUAGUUGGAAAGAGUUAGAGAUGCAUGGAAGUUUUGGGGCAAAGAGCUCUGGUGUUUUGUUUAUUCUCUGCUCUGGCAUGGAAAGCAGUCUCAGAACUCACCAGGGCAGCCAGGCUGCUUGGUUAGGUGAUGUGCACCGUUAUUGUGAUCGAUCAGAGCCACUGCCCCCUCCCUCUCACCAGCCACUUACUUUCCUCCUCAGCUCUUACUCUUCUCCUACGCAGGGGUUCAUAAACAUUCGUCUCCAGAGGACACUGAGAAAUCCUUAAAACAGUGCUUCCCAUAAGAAAUUCAAUAGAAAAACAACAAUGUUGUAUUCUUGGAAUUUUUGCUGGUUUUUAUUGGAUUUAUUCUUAUUUCUUUAAAUCACCUACACGGUAGCCAUGUUUGCUGGUUAUAUAAGACUACUGAAAAAUACUCUUUGGAGUUCAGUCACCUUAAACUGACAGGAAGGAAAAAGGCAGGGUGAAAUAAACAAGUAGGAUUUGUUUUGAAAAAUUGUUAAUAUUGUCAGAUCCAAUCAUGGGGAGCAAUGAUGAAAUUUCAUACUUUCUGAGCCAAAAUAUAUACAUGUUCAGAUUAAUAUCUCAUAUGUGAAAUAUGACUGAAUUCAUGAAAAGAGACCUUUAUGAAAUCUGGCUAACACAUUUCUAAGUGUUGAGAACAAUAUGAAUAAAUCAAAGGACUGUCAAA